AUGUCGACAUCAACAGAAUCCUCUACCGCGGUUGAUGAACAAAAAUCACAAAUCUUGCAACAGGAAUACAAUAGGUCACAGAAACUAAUCCAAGAAUUGGAUCAACAAUCACAGGCAUUAGCGUCUCAAGCGCAAGAGCAUAUAAUUGUCAAACAAACAUUGAACUCGAUACCUCCAACUGAGAGACAGGGUGGUAGGAAAUGUUUUAAAAUGAUUGGUGGUGUCUUGGUUGAAAAAAGUAUUGAUGAAGUUUUAAAUAUUUUAAGUGAUGAACAAAAUCAAUUGUUAGAACAGAAGAAAAAAGUUGAUGAAGAAUUAAAGAGUAAUCGGACAAAACUAGAACUGUGGAUAACCAAGAAUAAAAUCAAGAUUGUAAAAGGAUGA